UGGUGUGUAUUGCAUUGACGACCGGUUCUUUUGACUGGCAAUCCAAGGAUGACGUUUGUCUAGAGGUUUUCGAAUAAUUUUAUAUAAAUCGGAAUUUGGUGUAUGAGUUUUUCAUAUUAUAUCCUAAGUAUUUCUACCAAAAUGAAGAUCACGUUGUUUUUCGUAUUUUGCAUGUUGUUCUUCAGCUGUUGUGGGAAAAAAGCCGGUCAGAAAUCCACCCUCGACGAGGUUUCAGACUUGAAAGAAUUCAAAAAGCUUUUGAAGACACGGACAAGUGUUUUAGUUUGCUUCACCAAAUCGUUGAAAGAUUCAUCAAAUGUGAUCAAGCAAUUAGCUGAAGUUGCCGAUAUUGUUCGUGGAACUGGAACAAUUGUUACAGCUGACUGUGGAGGUGAAGGGAAAAAACUCUGUAAGAGUUUAAAAAUCAAACCUGAGCCACGAGUACUUAAGCACUACAAGGAUGGUGAAUUUCACAAAGACUAUGAUAGGAAGGAAAGUGUCCCAUCUUUCAUUGCUUUCAUGAAAGACCCUGGAGGAGACGCCCCAUGGGAAGAAGAUGAUUCGGCACAAGAUAUCCAACAUUUGGCCAAUCCUUCAAGUUUGACAAAGUUGUUACGAAAAGAAGACAAGAAAGGCAUCAUGAUAAUGUUUUAUGCACCAUGGUGUGGAUAUUGUAAGAAGAUGAAACCAGACUAUGCUCUUGCUGCAACUGAGCUCAAAGGGCAAGCCAUUAUAGCUGCCAUCGAUGUAAAUCGACCGGAGAAUUCUGUUGUUAGGAAACAAUAUAAUAUUACUGGAUUCCCUACGUUAUUGUACUUUAAGAGUGGAGCAAUGCAAUUCACUUACGAGGGUGACAACAAUAAAGACAGCAUUGUUAGCUUCAUGCGAAAUCCGUCGCAACCUGCUGAAAAGCCAAAAGAGCCUGAAUGGUCAGAAAUGGAAAGCGACGUCGUCCACUUGACAACUGCUACAUUUGACGACUAUUUAAAAGACGAACCGUCAGCCCUGGUUAUGUUUUAUGCUCCUUGGUGCGGUCAUUGCAAGAAAAUUAAGCCCGAGUACAUGGCCGCUGCCAGCAAACUCAAGGAGCUUGGAAUCAACGGAAAACUCGUCGCUGUCGAUGCCCAGAAGGAGAAUAGCCUCGGCAGUCGCUUUGGCAUUCGCGGAUAUCCGUCGCUUAAAUAUUUUAAGAACGGCGAAGUGGCUUACGAUGUAUCACUGAGAGAAGAGGGCCCAAUAGUAGAUUUCAUGAAAGAUCCCAAGGAGCCACCCCCACCUCCUCCACCAGAAGCUCCGUGGAGCGAAGAGCCUUCGGAUGUUGUACAUUUAAACGACGAAAACUUUAAACCAACUCUCAAGAAAACCAAACACGUCUUGGUUAUGUUCUACGCUCCCUGGUGCGGACAUUGCAAACGAGCCAAACCGGAAUAUACUGCAGCUGCUGCUCGUUUAAAGGAUGACUAUAAAGUCAUGUUGGCCGCCGUCGAUUGUACAGUUCAGCAAGCGCUAUGCAAAGUUUAUGAUGUCAAGGGCUUCCCUAGCUUUAUUUACUUUAGUUAUUUGAAGAACAGUCGACCUUACAGCGGAGGCAGAACGGAAUCCGACUUUGUUUCCUUUAUGGAAGAUCCUGACAACCCGAGGAAUGGAUUGCCUCCAGCACCUCCGAGUCCAGAAGAUGAAUGGGCUGGCCUUGAUGGAGCCCAGCAUCUACACCACUUGACGGAUAACAAUUUCGACGAGUUUGUUAAGAAGAAGGAUUCGGUGUUGGUCAUGUUUUACGCUCCUUGGUGCGGCCACUGCAAGUCUAUGAAGGCGGAUUAUGCAUUGGCAGCCAAGCAGAUGAAGGCGAUGAAUAUUGCUGGCGAGUUGGUCACUGUCGACGCCACAGCUCAAACUGGUCUGCAGACGCGCUUCGAAAUUCGUGGAUUCCCGACGAUCCGCUACUUUUACAAAGGCACCAAUUUUUCGGCCUACGAGAGGAAGCGAAAAGCUGACGACUUGGUGGAUUUUAUGCGCAAUCCACCUCGCUCAAAGGACGAACUGUAACAAACUCAUGAGCAACUACCGUGCCCUGAUUGCUUUGGUAAUGGAGCAUCCAACAUAUCCUUUUCCAGUUUUCCGUAUGUUGAGCCUGUCUAUUCCAAUGUUUCUCGAAAUUUCUCACCAUUCGUUCAGCCUUAGCCUCGACUUUGCAGCGAAAUGUCCUUUUUUUCUCUGAUUAACUUUCGAUAUUUUUUGGUAAAUCUCAAAUGUUAGGAUUCGUUUCGCACCAAUUUGUGAUUUCCUGUUCAGCGUUUGUUGUUGCUGAAAGAUUUAACCCUCACAGAUCGUGUGCCCCAGUUACCAAAAUCCGACUUUUGACUUGUCUCUUUUUGCCCUGUGUCCGCUAAAUUCCCAAGCCUUGGCCAUCUGGAAGUGCCUUGGAUAUGGCGACGCGGGAAAUGCGGCUGGCAAAUGGUAAGUGGCGUUCGUUCUAUCCCCCCCCACUCUCACCCCGUCAUGUCUUUUUCAUUGCCCCUAAUUUCGCUCUUUUUUCCCUCUGGUGUGCAAUAACGAGACGAGAGAAAAUGAAUCCGCGUGUCUUUUUUGCGACUGUGCUGUUUUUUGGGGUUGAAUAAUAAUAACUGCAUUCCAAAUGA